AUUUCCUCAUCUCACUUCAUGUUGAAUGCAGGAACUGUUGUCCCCAUGGAAGGAGGUUUUUGGAAACAGACUUGGAGAUUACUAAUCCAAGUAAUGCUUUUUUGGAUCCUUUUGGCAGCUUCCAUUCCUGGGAACAACUCAAAUGAUGACUCAGAGGAUGGAAUAUGCUGGUUCCUUGGCUGCAAUAAUUCUUAGGCCCUCAAAUAAGUAAAAGCAGAAUACCUUACUGCAAGUGAUUUUGAAAGAGACAGUUUUGAUUAUUCCAAAUUUUGUGCUCCAGACAGACAUCCUAAGAUUGCCUAUUUAUUUUAUCAGGAUGAUUCAGGGAAUAUCAUAUCUUACACUAUCCUCAGAGUGCUCACUGUCAGCAUGCAGACUAGAAAAGCAAAAACAAAAGAUAAUCAGAGACUAGAUUAGGGACAUCUGUGUAUACCUAAAAAUUUCAUCUGUAAUUGGACCUUAGAAAAUGAUUUACUACUUACUUCUGGGAUUCCUAUAAUAGUCUGCAGAUGCCUGGAGAUGAGACUACAUAUAAUUGGUUUGACAGUUUCCAAUGUAACAUCCACUGCACCAAUUCAGGAUUUGUUUAAUGUGACAUUGGAAAAAGUAGGUGUUGGACUUCUUGAAUCUGAUAAUUCAUCUCCAGCAGUGCUUAUUCUGUUACCAUUAAAGCAUAUUUCAAAAACUGUUAAAAACCUGAUUUCAAGUUUCAAUGAUGAAAAAAAGCAAACUCUUCCAAUUUGGGGCAGCAGUAAUAAUAGGUCUAUUAACAUCACAUUUAAUGUUCCUGAAAUAUGUGAUCUCUCUGUGUCAGUGUUCAAUCCCCACAACCAUAUCCUCUUCAUUCAAUGUCUUGCUGGGCACAUCAGAAUAGGAGGUUCAUAUAUUGAUGGGAAGUCUGCUUUUCCACUUAAGAUGAACCAAACUAGCCUUUGGAUGCCUGAAAACAACAAACAGUUUUCCCAGGAGCUGGGAUUUGGUGUUCAUACUUCUUCAGACAAUAUCACUUCUCUCGUGUUUGAUUUUGGGGAUGGUACAGUAGUUCAAGUCAGCAUCCAAGAUGGGUCUGAUGAAAUAGAAAUCAUUACUUAUCACCAAUAUAGAAAAGAGGGCACAUAUAUGAUCAAAGUGAUUAUUUUCAAUGAGUUUCAUGGAAAUGAAAAGGAGUUAGGACCAUAUUAUGUAGAAAUAGCUCAACAAGAUUUGAGGGUAUUCAUGAAUUCUAGCAGUGUCCAUAAGGAUGAAAUCCUAUUUUUUGCUAGCUCCUUACAAAGAACAACAACUGGAAAAUAUACAAGAAGCAUGAGUGAUUAUACUAUCUCUAUGAAUAAAGGACCCAUUGUUAUACAUAAAUUUUCAUCUACUUCUUCAUAUAAUGUGUUCCUAAUGGUACCAAACAGAACAAAUGGCUGUCAAGAUUGGACCAAUGUGAAUGUUCAGUAUCAAAUGCAAGCUGUUUCUAUCUUUACAAAUGGCACAGUGUUUGCCAGUGAUUCUGAGGUCACAUUUUUUGUUCAUACAAAUGAAAUGAGUCCUCUAGAGUUUGUUUGGCAUUUUGGAGAUGGUUCAUGGACAAGAACAACUUCAAGAAGUGUUAAAAAAAGAUACAGUGUUCCCAAGAAGUAUUAUGUGAUAGUUAAUGCUGCCAAUCAGAUCAACUCUGUUGCUUCUAACAUUCACACUAUCAGUAUAGAGCGGAAAAUUGUUCCAAAUCGGCUUGUGUCCAGCUCCUCAGCUCUAAUAAAUUCCAGUGUGACUUUUGAGUGCAGAAUCAACUUUGGUACAAAUGUUACUUACAUAUGGAACUUUGGUGAUGAUACUAUCCAUCCUGGAAAGUGGGUUGAGAGUCACAUAUAUACGAGGGAAGGAGAAUUUACAGUGGAGGUUCUUAUCUUUAAUAGUGUCAGCAUUGCAACUCUAAAAAAGCAAGUUUUCAUCGUGUCCAAACCCUGCCAGCCACCUUUGGUGAAAAACAUGGGGCCUGGGAGAAUACAGAUUUGGCGACAUCAACCUGUUAAGCUUGGAGUUACUUUUGAAGCUCCCAUUCAGUGUGAUAUUUCCCAAGGCCUUAACUAUAGCUGGUCCUUAAUGAAGUCUGAUGGCUCACUAGUGUUGCUUCCAACUGCUCUCAACAAGCACAGACAAACCAUUCUUCUUCCCAGCUACUUUUUGGAAUAUGGAAACUAUACUGCACUUGCAAAGGUUAAAAUAGAAGGCAGCAUGGUGUAUAGUAAUUAUUCAGCGGUUAUUGAAGUGGUUUCCCAGUCACCUGUCAGUGUGAUUUCAGAGGGGACCCACCUAUUGAUCUCGAAGACCCUUUUUUCCAUUAUUGUACUCAACGGUUCACAAUCCUUUGAUCCUGAUUAUCCUGGAACUCAUUUAAAGUAUUACUGGAAAUGUGUCCCAGCAAGUAAACCAAAACACACAUGUUUCAACUCUCUCAAGUUCAACAAUAGUGCAUCAGUCAUCUCUUUCCCAGCAUCACUUCUUUAUGACUCCUAUGACCAAUUUUUAGUGACACUGAUGGUGUCUAACGGAAACCGAAACUCUUCUGAAGCACAGGUGUUCCUGUCAGUUCAAUCAAGUUCUACAUUCAGACCACUCCACAUUUCUUGGGUUAACUUUAAAGACAAUUCUGUGAACUGGAAUGAAGAAUUUUCUCUCCAAGUGAAGUGUGAAGAAUGUACCAAGUUGCCUAACAUUUCUUAUUCUUGGGAUCUUUUUUUAAUCAAUGCAACAGAAACAAAUGGCAUGGAAGUUUCUUUUUGUAGAGCUACAGAUCUGCUAGGCUCAUCAAGCCUGAGUGGUGAUAUUUUGACAAUUCCAAAGUCAGAUCUACCCUCCAGGAUAAAAAGAAUGGCUAUUCCUAUGCCAAGAACCACACCUUUCCCAAAAGACGCCUCUGGGCAGGCUAUCAAGCAGCUGGCCCAAUCUGCUCCAGGGAAAGCCUCCAUUUCUGCAACCUCCAUAAACAUUAAAAUUGGAUUUCAUCAUGUAAAUGAUACCAGUCACUGGGAGAACAGUAGUCCCUCAGCUCUGGAAGAUCCUGUUCAGAAAGUGCUAUUUUAUCCAAAGCAAAGCUUACUAGAAAAAAAAUCUGUCGUAAGAUCCACUCAGGGAGAAAAGUUAGCAAGCACUGAGCUACCACAAAAUUCUUCUUACAUUUCUGAUUUUGAAUUUUAUUACAGCAAUAUCAAGGAGGCAAUGGAACCAUCAAGAGGAAGACAUCCAGAGAAUAUCAGUAUCACAGAACUAAAUGAAAAUGAAGAUACAGAUACUCUGUUUGACAAUGAUGAUGGUUACAACUUAAUUGAUUCAUCCUACUCCACUGAAAAUACUGCACCCUUGCUUAUGGUGGAUUGGUCCAAAUCAUUAAUUAGCAGAACUGUUUUUCAAAGCUACACAUCUUCAGGUAUCACAUCAAAAACUGUUACAUUUAAACCAUUUUUCCUGAAAGGUGGAGAGACAUAUGUGAUACAAGCUUCUGUAGUCUCAAGCCACAAUCCAUUAGGCAAAGCACAAUUAUAUUUUACUGUCAAUGAAGUUCCAAACAAGAUGUCUUGCCAAGUACAGCCCAGUCACGGUUAUGAGGCUUAUACAGUCUUCAGUGUUUUCUGCAUGUCUGGGAAAGCAGACUACUAUUAUGAAUUCAGUUACCAAAUAGGAAAAUCCUCCAAAAUACCUUUAUAUAGAGGGAGAGAUAUACAAUAUUACUUCACUUUGCCCGCUGGUGAAAUUAUGGACAAAUAUAAAGUAACUGUCUUUAUGGAGAUCACAAACAGAUAUGGCUCUAAAUCUCAUCCUUGUGCUGUGAAUGUGACAGUACUGCCAACUUUCCAUAGGAACAUAUCAUCUUUGAAUUACAGGCCAGAAGAGGAUCUGUAUAAUUCAAGUCUUAAAAAUCUAACCACUCUCCUACUUAUGGGAAACUAUGGAGAAAUUAGAAAUUAUAUAAUAAUGUUAACUAGAAUUCUGAAUCAUUUCUAUACAGAAGACCAAAGUUUUGUCUUUGACCUACAGUCACAAAUGAGGAAUUUAUUGAUUUCUUCAGUGUGCAACUUAUCUUUCCAGGACCAGGAAGAAAUUGCUGAUUCUAUUCUAAUGUUGAAUGAAUUAAUAAAUAUCUCCAAGCAGGUAACAUUUAACAGUGUGGUUUUGAUAAUCAAAUAUGUCAGAAAAUUAAUUGACCACAAGUUAUCUGGCCAAUUUGUGAUGAAAAAGGAGCUGAUGUCUAAGGUGGUCUUUCUAGCAUCAAAGUUAAUGGAAGUGAAAGAAAAGGAAAAAUCUAAGAAUGCAAAGCAUUUCAAAGAAGAACUCAUUAUAAGCAUUGCAACCUUGCUACUGAACUAUGUUUCUUCGAGUAAGGAACUUCAGUUUAAUAUUAGAACUGAGCAGUUGGGAUUCCAAACCAGACUAUAUUACAGUUUUCACAACUCUGUUGAACAUAUUGGCUCUGUUAAGGUCUACUUACCAGAUGCUCUAGAUGAGGACAUUUCUGGUAGAAUGGAAUUGGACAGCCAGUGCUACAUCAGCCAGCUAAUAUACUUCAAGGAAUAUCCCUAUUUGGAAGAGAGAGUUCCUGUUCAGACCAGUGGAGCUGUGGUUGCCCUGAGCCUCUACAACUGCAUUACUAAAAGGAAAAUCAUGAUAAAAAGACUGAAGAAUCCAGUCAGAGUAGUAUUUGAGAAAAAUUAUGAUCUGGAUGGUGGGCAAAAUAAAACAAUAUUUUCAUUGUAUCGAGACAAAAUGAACUUCCAUUAUUUCUCUGGGCUUCCUGAGGCCUCCCAGGAAUCUUUACAGAUAGUGGUGGAAUUUUCUAAAACCAACAGAAGAACUUUCCCCAUAAUGCUGCUUGUCAGAUUCUCUGAAAAACCUACUGUGUCUACUUUUAACAUAAAACAGAUUCGCUCCUGGGAUGAGCAAGUUGUUCAGAUUUAUAUACCUGCUGUUUCCCUGAAAGAUGCAUCAUCUGGUUAUUUAUCCUUGUUGGAUGCUAAUUAUGACCAAAAGCCUACAAACAAAUAUCUAGCUAACACUGUGAACUAUACUGUCAGUUUCCACUGGAUAAGAUGCCUAUUUUGGGAUGAGAAUAGAGGAUGGAUAUCAGAGGGUUCUUAUCCACAGCAGGGAACUACUCCACAAAUAGUUAAUUGCAGCUACAAUCAUUUUACAACAUUCACUGUUGUAAGAAGAAAACUAAAUGCCAGCUUUGAAGUGAAUGAUGUAUCUUUUUUAAAGAGCAUCUCACAAAACCUGUUCCCCAGUAUUCUCGUUAUGUUUUUUAUGCUUCUUUUUGCUUUUUUGGCCAUUGUAAGCAAACACAGAGAUCUACAUGAACAAAAGAAGAAUGGCUAUAUUUUCUUACAGGAAAACUCCCAGGCUAGCGACAAGCAGAUCUAUGCAGUUAUUAUUGACACAGGUUUUCGAGCCCAAGCACAGUUGACUGCAAAGGUUCACAUUGUUUUCUAUGGAGAAUAUGAAUUUUCAGAGACCAGAGAGCUUUAUUGUCCAGACAAGCCCUUGUUUGAAAGAAACUCCAGGCAUACCUUUAUAGUAAGUAUUCCAAAUAAUCUAGGCCCACUUUGGAAAAUCCACCUUUGGCACGAUAACAGUGGAUGUUCUCCAAAUUGGUACAUCAGCCAUGUGAUUGUGAAAGAUUUAAUCACUGGAGCAAGUUGGUUCUUUCCCGCUGAAUGCUGGUUAGCUGUGAACAAGUGGGCAGGGAAAGUUGAUCAAGAGCUCACUCCUCUCAGAAAUGGACUUGGUUUCAGGAAACUUUUGUACUCCAAAUUCACUGAGUACCUAGAAGAUUUUCAUAUGUGGAUAUCAGUAUAUAGCCGUCCAUCCUAUAGUUGCUUCACUCAUACUGAGAGGCUUAUAGUUUGCCUUUUCUUGGUAUUUGGCUAUAUGUCUAUCAAUGCUGCAUUGAUUGCCAUGGAACAAGAAGAGCAGGUUCCUGAAAUUGGCCUCCCAGAUGUCUCUAUAGUCUCUUUAAUGAAUGGUGUGCUUUCUAUUUUCAUCAUCUCUCCAAUGGCAUUAUUGUUGUCUCUGUUAUUCAGGCUCAGUAAGAGAACCACUAGGAAUCUCAUUGAAAACCAAUAUAAAUCCCAAAGAGGAUCUCCAGUAUAUUCAGCAAAGGAUCAUGAUUUCCAUCAAUGGACACAAAAUUUUCAAAAUAAAUAUGAGCAAAACAUAUUGGAGGAAUUUACUCUGGAGGCUUCCCCUGGAAAUGAGAAUGAGAAGAAAGAAGGAAGUGGCACUUCCUCUCCCAGAUACUCCAGGCAUUUGGGUGACUACAGCAUUGACGUAUUCCAAAAGAUAGACAUAUUCCAAAAGAUAGACGUAUUCCAAGGCAUUUGGGUGACUACAGCAUUGACGUAUUCCAAAAGAAUCCCACAUUCAUGUAUUUUGUAUUUUGUUUACAAAAUGAAUUUUGUUGUGGUCUUCUCCUUAGAGCCCUACAAUAGGUUAGAAGAACCAGCUCUGCAAAAACGGAUGGUUCUUCCUCUUUGGUUGUCCCAUGUGGCUUGGAUCACUUGUGGGCUAGUUUCUGUGGCUUGUGGGUUGGUGACAGGACUGCUAGGAUACAGGUUUGGUCCUUCAAAGUGUGUCCAGUGGAUCCAUUCAGUAUUCUUUUCCAUUGUGGGCUGUAUUUUUGUUGCCCAGCCACUUGUGAUAUUCUUUGUGGCUUUGACCCUAGCUUGGAGAAAAAAAGACCACAAAGGUUUCUUUAUUGAAGCAUUAUAUGAUGCAACCAAGAACCUUGAAUAUGAAUUGCAUCAUUUUUCCAAGAAUUGUGCCCUGUACCCUACAUACUGUUGCAUUCCCCACACUGCAGCUGACUUUGAAAAAAUACUAGUGGCCCGUCAAAGAGCACGUUAUUUACAGUGGGUUCACCCACCAACUUCAGCCCAAUUGAAAGAAGCCAGAGGAAGAAUUAGAAAAGAAGGUCUCUUACAAACAGCAAUAAGAAACUUUUUCACGUAUAUACUAAUGUUGUUUCUACUUUUAUUUAUCAUAUUUGGAAAAAAUUCCCAUCAUGAAUAUGUUCUUAAUCAAGCCAUCCGUAAUGAAUUUAUAAGAAAUGCCAGAAACUCUUUCAUUGAAGUGAAGAAUGCGGAUGACUGGUGGAAUUGGAGUUUGACAACUUUAUUGGAUGGCCUAUACUGGGAUAAACAGAAUAGUAUUGAUAUGCCAAAGACUCAGUCUGGACCCCUUGGAGGGAAAUGCCAUCUGAUAGGCACUUCAGUAAUUAGACAGCUAAAGUUCAUCGGACAACUUACAAUUCCUGUUGAAGCUUCUUCUUUUGUACAUCAGCCGGGGAAUCAAGAUAAUAAAAAUAUUCUUCAGUCAGACUCAGAAAAACUGAAAGUGACCCAGACCAAAAGAUGCCUCCAUUGUGAUCAAGUAGAAAAUGAAGAUGGCAAAUUAUCUGUCGUGAACCUGGGCAGGACAAGGGACAGAGCUUACUCAGUUCUGAUUAACCUAAGGAAUAGUGGGUGGAUAGAUAAAAGAACCAGGAAGAUCUCUAUGCAUUUUGCCCUCUACAACCCUCCUACCAAUCUUUUCACCAGUGUGUCCUUGUUGGCAGAAGUGUCACCCAUUGGUGACUUCAUUACAUCAUCCGUUGUGGAGUCAUUUAGCAUCUAUCAUACCCAAUCUGCUAUGAGUUACUGCAUCAUGUUUUCUGAGUUGGUUUUCCUGUUAUUUAGUCUCAUUCACCUCUGCUUUCAAAUGUUCACUAUGAUUCAGAAAGGGAUCCUCAGCUACUGGCAAGACUCAUGGAAUUGGCUAGAGAUGUGCCUAAUUGGAAUGAGUCUUUCUUAUUUUGCACACUCCAUUUUUCAUUUUAUCCUUGUGGUGGAUGUGAUUGAUCAAUUUCAUAAGGGAUUUUUCCAAGAAUUUGUGGACUUCAAUCUUCUUCUAUCCUGGCAUCAGAGGAACCGAUGUCUUCAAGGAAUCCUUUUAUUCCUCUUGUUAAUAAAAUGUCUUCGUCUCCUUGGCAUUUACAAAGCAAUUGCUCCUAGUUUGACCAUGAUGCGACUAUCCUGCUCCAACAUUAUUUGGCCAAUGCUGGCUGGCGUCCUGUUUACAGCAGCCUACUCAUACCUUGGGCGAAUUCUGUUCUCAACUCAUGCCUUUUCAUUUAGAAGCUUUGGAGACUCCUUCCAAAUGCUGUUGCUGUAUUUUCUGGGAACCAAUGAGAAGGGAACAUUCUUUAGUCUUUGCAAGUCUAAUCAGUAUACCAUAGUUUAUUAUUAUGGAACCCUUUUCAUGGCAGUGAUCAUAUUGUGGUCUGGAAUAUUGAGAGGAGUCCUUAUUUCUUUUAUGCAAAAUGCAAAACGAUCUUUUCGAAGUCAACAUCUGGUGAGAUUCAAAGAUGUCGCUGAUGGUACUUGGGAGAAGGUGCUCUGCUUUCUGGGAAUAAAAAGAUCAGUGGUAGCAUUGGAAAGGACUGUGGAGAACAGUAAUUUCUAUCUGGAUGAAUUUGAAAAUUUGUUGGAUGAACUUCUGUUGAGAGUUAAUGGAUUAUACUACAGUCUUCAUUGUUCUUCUCUAGAAACACCAGCUAGUGACCAAGAAGAGGUGGAGUGAAAGGACAAGACUCUAGCUUACAACUUCAAAUCAACUUCUGUCUGUGGAAAGCAAUACAUAGCUUUGUCAUUUGCAAAAUCAUAUAAGUCUUUAGAUCCUUGGUAGUAGACUCUGAUAAUAAUGGUCAUUUUUCUUUGAGGUUAUUGGGAUUGUAUGAAGUCAUUAGCUUUCUAAAUCCUAUGAUCCUUUGAUA